GAUUAUUUCAACCACUGACUUGUGUUGCGAUACUUGGAAGCAUUAUUUUAGCUGUUUUCGAGAUCAUAGACGACUGAAACCUUCGUGUUUCCAAUCAUUCCGGAACACUUGCUUUGCUCAAUGGAAGUACGUGCGCCCAUGAGGUUUAUGCAACAAUAUAAAAUGUGACAGGAAUUGUGUCUGUCCUUACAAAGUGGGGGUGUCUGAGCGGGGUACUCGUACUUAACCUUGAAUGGGCUGACUAACUAUUGGCCCCCAAAAACUGACAAAUAUAGGCAACGAUUGUACUCGAGUAAUUCACCUUUAUAAAGGCACUCUCACCUUUCUGGCUUGCUGGGGUUAUUUCUUCAAAGCUUUAACACCCGGAACUCAGAUUUACAUUGCGUCCCGGAUAUAUGCUUCAGGUCCUCGAUCCAAAAGCGACACUAUUCAACACUCGGCCUAGAUGGGUUACGAGGCAAGGUAUAACGACGAUAAUGACCAUGUAAGUCUAGGAUGGUAGAGCCCUUCGUUUGGGAUUUCUGGAGUUUAGAUACUUCCAAAUAUCUCUUCGUGUCCAAUCUUUCUCAAUCUACCUCCGAACAAAAUUGAAGAAGCAUACUAAUCCCAAGAUUCGGUGUUACAGGUAGUCAUUUCACACGACGGCCAAGUUAUCCGCGACGACCACGUUUUGGCAUACAAUUGUGUGAAAAAAGACAAGAGGAAUUUUGAAGAGAUGUACCCCGGUAAAAAGUUUGCGCCAAAUCCAAAAGAUGCCUUAUGGUUUCCCACACCAAAAUAUGGUCACAUAGAGUAUGUUUGAUUACCCCGCCAGUUCCCGGAAAAGUGGCUCUGAAGAAUAUAUUGCUAACACAAAACAAAAGACUUAGAGGCGGUCGAUUCCUGAAGACAAAUUUCAAUAAUGUCUUUCAACCAGAGAUAUGCCCCGAUCUUCUUGUAAAUCACUGCGUGAAUUCAACGGCGAAAAAUCUGGCAAGCACGUUGAAGAAAGCCAAAAAAGGCUUCUCACAGACCGAAGAGUGUCAAUUUCUCACAGCUCAACUGGAAAAUAUCAAGAAGAGGGUACACAUCAACAAUGUGAUUCUCAUUGGACCUGGCCCAAUGGACGAGUUUGUUCGGGAAAGCCGCAAGUCGAAGAUCAACAAGCUUUUGAAAAUCACUUUCAUAAGUGGCGUGCUACAACUAGCCGCAGCCCUGAAAAUAUGUGAGGUUCUCGGCGGUAAGUAUCGAGUGCAUUCCGCUCCCGCGGUUGAACUCUCCGAGUCAUGUAACUAAAGUUCGCAGAGCCAGGGAACCCUCUUCCAUUGAUCGCGCAAGAGCACCAAUACUCAGAAUUCGAGAAGGACUUCCUGAAAACAAGACUCAACGUGAAGACGGUAGACGAUCCCGACGCUUUUACAUUGAUCAACAACCAGUCGCUCGUCUUCUACACCAACAUUGGCCCCCACAUAGACUACUUUGUAAGCAAAGGAGAAUGGCCCGCAGCUCUCCUCACGAAUGAGCGAUCGCUCCUACUAAAAUAUCCUGAUGUUUCUGGAGGCUUUGCACAAGAGAUAACCGAUCACAUAUAUCGAAUGUUCGACUGUUACGAAAAGUUGCCCAUUGGCGGGGAGGAAAAGUCAAAACAGUUCUUUGGCAAACUCGAGGAAGGCGAUGAUCCGAAAUAUAAACGCUUCCGACCGUGGACGAAUGACGUCUUCCUGUGGGCGAAGAACGUCGACUCGAAGGCAGGGGCCCAAGGAAGCGAAUAAAUUUUAUGUUCUUCAGAUAUCAACAUGAACAUGGUCCACACAUAAAUCUCAUGGCCCGCGUGGAUUUAAAUUUCUUAUAUCUCUGAUGAAUAACGACGACCGAGAAGAUGAGGGUGAUUUUUCAACAUACAAGUGAAAAGUAAGUAAACACAUAUCUUGUAGAUAUAGACUGGCAACCUGUUCGCGAAGCUAGACAUGUAGAUAUAUAUACGAAUACAUGAACUCCUG